CUGCAAGGCAGGACAACCUUCUAAUAUGUAGGUACUUUGCGCUCGUAUAAACGAAUAGUCUGCGAAGACCGAGUAGCAGCCGGUAAGUAGGAUUGGGAGCCGGGGCUUUCAGCUGUGGAAAUGCGCUGCAGAAUAUGAAAUGGAGAGCGUUAGAUAACCCUGUUUUAUGCUACCACGCCGUGGUUUUGAGUGGUAGGAUGGAAGGUUGCUGCAGGCGGCUUGCAUGUGGAAGGUGGUCAGCUCAUGUGUGCUAAAGCCAUAAAGGAGCAAUCCUACCCCGACGGCCUCAAGGCUCUAUCCUCCUCGCGACCAACACAAUUAUAGGUUAUAACUGGAGCUGGACACCAUGCUCUCGCGUCUGUAGGCACACAUCUUAAUACUUCGGAAUCGCCGAACAAGUGAUUUUACUUUACCAUGGCAUCCCUUGCGCCAUCAAGUACACUAUCGCUGACCCCUAAUCCUACCUUUACACCGUCCCUGCAACCGCCACACAAUGCUGUAUCGAAUCCCGAUCAUCCAGAGACUCUGAUUCCGCUCGCCGACAUAGCAAUAGGGAUAUGCCUUCCUUUAAUCACCAUAUUCUUCGUCCUACGAUGUUAUGUCCGUAUAUUUAUCAAACGCUCCUGGAUCUUUGAAGACUUCCUGGUCACAAUCGCCUGGGCAGGCACCGUGGCCUACUGCGGCAUUAUGAGGGCCACCAUGUCUCAUCACGGUGGCCAGCACGGUUGGGAUAUCACCGUAGAUGAGCUCCACCAAGCCUCCUACUGGUUCAACGUUGCCGCGAUCGAAUACGGAGUAAUGAUAGGCAUGACCAAGCUCGCGGUGCUGUGGCUCUAUCGGCGCGUCUUCUCGCCGAUCCGGUGGAGUAUGUUUGACAUCGCGAUCGUGACUCUAAUUAUCCUGAUUAUCGGCUUCUACGGGAGCACCACCAUCGUUAAAAUCUUCGAGUGCAACCCGCGCGACAAGAUCUGGAACAAGGACUUGCCCGGAAAGUGCGUAGGAAUGAAUUGGAUACUGAAUGUUAGUGGUGGCUUCAACACGGUGACGGAUUACUUGAUCUUGCUGCUCCCCAUUCAAGCGGUGCGAAAACUUCAGGUGGAUAGAAUGAAGCGACUUUUGAUUGUAUUGGCAUUCACCUUUGGUCUAUGUGCCCCUAUCUUUGCCACGAUCGGCUUCGUCGUCCGGUUGAAGAAUAGCAGUAACCCUGAUACAUCGUGGAAACAACCAGAGAUCCUUCUCUGGGGAACGGCAGAACUCGCAUCUAGUAACCUGUGCGUCUGCUUCCCGGAGCUUGCCGUCCUGUUCCGCAAACGCAACCGGAUCCGCUCCACGCCCCGUCGCCCCACUGCUUCGGAACUUAUUCGCUGGAACGAAUCAAACCACGUACAUGUCAAGCCAAUCCAGGACCCGUAUCUGCCGAAGAGUCUCAUGAGCACGAUGUUUAGCACGAAUGGUGAUGGGCCGUACAUGGAACUGCAGGACCAUGGUCACGAUGUUCAAGUCACAGCUGCAAGGGCGGGUUCCCGAGGAGAGAAGCCGGAGGAAGGGGUUGUGGUGCUACGAAAUGAAGUGAAGGUUGAACGUCAGUGAUAAUGUUUCGGUACUUGUAAUUGUUCGUUGGCCAUAUUUCUUGUAAGGGUUGAUGAGUCGGCUUCUUCGU